AUGUUUCCAUGUCUUGAGAAAGUAUAUUAGAUGGUUCUGUAAACUCAACUCUAAUUUCUAGAUAAUGAUCCAAUACUUUAAAUUAAAUUAUAGGAUCCAUACCGAUUAAUUUUAAAGAAAGAAUACUUGCAUAUAUAUAAAUAGGAUGAACCGUUUAUUUCUUUUAUGAUUUGUUUUCCAAAUCUAAUAAAAUGGUAUGUUGUAAAAAAUUUAUUGAUUGGAUUUUCAAUAAAUGGAUAUGAAUUUACAAGUCAUCAAGGUGAUUUAUUAAAAAAACUAAAAAACAUCUUAGCAGGUAGAUUAUUUUUUUCAAAAGUUCAAGACUUUUUCUAUCCAAUGAAAAUAUUAGGAAGUGGGAGUUCUUCUAAAGUAAUAGUAGUAAGGGAAAGGGAAGGUGGAGAAGAAUAUGCUUCAAAAUGUGUAGUUAAGGAAGAAAUGCAUUUUUAGGAAAUUGAGAUUAAUAAUUAAUUAUAGCAUCCUGCAUUUGUUAAAGUAAAAGAAGUGUAUUAAGGAGAGACAAGUUAUUACAUUGUGAUGGAUCUAUUAUCAGGUAAAACUUUAUAAUUGUUUCUGGGUAAUCAUAAACCUUUCCCAUUAGAAUAAACAAAAUAAAUAAUGCAUGUAUGAUGAUCAAUAAAUAUGAGAGGCCUUAUUGGAGGGAGUAGAAUUCAUGCAUUCUAAAAAUAUUAUGCAUAGAGAUAUUAAACCUGAAAAUAUCAUUUUAGAAAUGAAAGGUGGUUAGGUUAGAUUGAAAAUUGUAGAUUUAGGUUUAGCUACUUAUAGUACUUUGAGUAAAUUAAUUAAAAUAAAAAAUAGAAAGAUUUAGAUAUCCUAAAUGUGGUACUCCUGGUUUCGUAGCUCCAGAAGUUAUUAAUUUAUAAAAUAGUAAUCAGACUUAUGAUAAGAUUUGUGACAUUUUCAGUUGUGGAGUAAUCUUUUACAAAUUACUUACAGGUAGAGAUGUAUUUCCAGGAUAAGGAUUUACUUAUGUAUUAGAACUAAAUAAAAAAUGCAAUAUUGAUUUCUCUUAUUUAAUUCUAUAAUAAUUACCUGUUAAUUUGACAGUAUGUAUUAUAAAUUAUUGA